CGCCAACCCACUCAUACUGAAACCCAAUCAAGUUUCAAUGAGGAACCGCUGAGGAACAAAAUGGCUUCUAGACUCCAGGCUGAGAUCUGGACCGAGGAGAUCAUUUGCCCGGUUUGUCUGGAUUUCUUCACGGAUCCUGUUAGCCUGGACUGUGGUCACAACUUCUGUCGCUCCUGUGUGACACGGAGCUGCGAAAAUCAGGAGAAAAACUGCUGCUCUAUUUGUCAGGAGAGUUUUCCAGAAAAGAACCUGAGAGCCAGUUGGGCCUUGGCGAGUCUAGCAGAGAAAGCUCGAAAAUUUACCCUGACCCCGACACAAAUGGAAAAUAAAAUUCACUGUGAGAAACACCGAGAGGAAAUGAAGCUGUUUUGUGAAUCUGACAAGAAAUUGCUGUGUGUAGUUUGCAGUCAUGGGCAGGAACACAGAGGUCACAGCCUCCUGCCCAUUGAGGAAGCUGUUGAAAUCUACAAGGAUCAAGUGAAAUCCUCCUUAGCUUCUCUCACACAGAGGAAGCAAACUGCUCUACAAGCUGAAGCCAAACAGAGAGAAAAGAUUUCACAACUGCAGGGAGACAGGAGCUGGAGAGACAGCUGCUUGCCAGACCAACGGUACAGAGCUGGAGUUAUCUUUGCUAAAAUGCAUACCCAGGUCAGUGACGAGGGGUUUGAUCUGUCAGUAUGUGAGGCUGAGCUGCCUGUGGGGAUAUACAAAGGGCUUAUACAGUACACAGCCUGGAGACACAUGAUACACGGCAUCAGCCCAGCUCCGGCCUCUCUGACUCUGGAUUCUGACACAGCUCAUCCAUACCUCAUCCUGUCUGAGAACCUGAGCAGCGUGAGACUCGGAGACACACGGCAGCAGCUCCCUACCACCCCGAAGAGGUUUGAUACCUGUCCCUGUGUCCUGGGGUCUGAGGGCUUCACAUCAGGGAGACAUUACUGGGAGGCGCAGGUGGCCGACAAAACACAGUGGACUGUGGGAUUGGCCAGAGAGUCUGUCAACAGGAAAGGAGAUAUCACGUACACACCAGAGAACGGAUACUGGGUUUUGUGGCUGAGAAACGGGAAUAAAUAUAAAGCUCUGACCUCAAUUCCUACCUCCCUGCCUCUGACAGAGAGACCCGGGAAGCUGGGAGUGUUCCUGGACUAUGAGGGGGGACAGGUGACAUUUUACAACGCUGAUAACAUGUCUCAUCUCCACACUUUCACCCAGACUUUCACUGAGAAACUUUACCCUCUCUUCAGUCCCGGUUUGAAUGACGGCGGCAGAAACUGUGACCCUCUGAGGAUCUGCCGGGUGACAGAUUAAUGAGGAGGAGACCCUCAGCCAUGACCUGUGUUUGGCUUUGAUGGCCACUAGGCUGAACCUUUUAUAAUCUGUGUCGUUACACAAUAAUGUUUGUAGUUUAUAUUA